UCGGGUUCUGCCGGGUCUGUUGUUGCCGCUCGUCUGUCGGAAGAUCGUGACGUCACAGUUCUUGUUUUAGAAGCGGGACCGGACGACAGGGAUAAAAUUCACUUCACCAUGCCAUCUGAGACAGCCAGGUCCCAACACACCAAGUUAGACUGGGAGUAUUACACUGAACCCCAGCAGUAUGCUUGCGGUGCUUUAAAGGACAGGGUAUUUAACGAUUUAUAUUUAAACAUACAAUUGUUCUCUUCCAGAUUGCAGCGAAAAUCUUACUACUACCCCUUUUCGUACCCUAUAUUCGACACACUUGCUGACGCAGUCAGAUCAUGUACCUAGGAAGGGCGUGCUUUAAACAGCUAACUCUGAUUAGCAUGUUAAAUAUAUACCUGUAUAGCGUUCCCAUUGGACUAUUUCUCAUUUCAGCCAAUGCACCAUGACUGGUAUAAGAAAAGGCCGUGGUAUAUAUCAAAUAUCCUGUCUGAUGGAGGGCACUUAUAGAAGAUCCCAUGCUACCAAUGGAAAAAGAUAGCGAGUUUGGUCUCACUACACAGAUCACUUCCGGCGAGGAUACAUACCAAGGGGUCGAGUUGUAGGCGGAAGUAGUCAGCUGAUCUUCAUGGCGCAUGUGCGUGGUAGCAGAUUUGACUUUGACAAGUGGGCAGCGAACGGCUGCGAUGGCUGGAGCUAUGAAGACGUUCUGCCAUAUUUCAAGAAAUAUGAGGACAUGACUGAUGAAGAACUGGCAAAAUCUGAGUAUCACAGCAGUAGCGGUCCAAUAAAGAUUAGUAAAGUUGCUUCCACUCCACUGUCUGAUCUUUUCCUCAGAGCAGCCAAAGAGGCUGGGUACAACGAAACGGAUCAUAAUGGUGAAAUGCAGGAAGGUUUCAGGAGGCAGUAGUGUGUGCUCGGUGAUGGUGUCAGAUCAAGUACUUCCCGGGGAUUCUUGUGGCCCGCAGCAAGAGAACGAACCAAUCUUCAUGUUACUACCGACGGCCAUGUGACCAAGAUUAUAAUAGAAAAGAAAAGAGCAAUUGGUGUGGAGGUUGUAAAGAAUGGUCGUUUAUAUAGAGUAUUAUCCAAAAGGGAGGUAAUUCUGUCAGCAGGAGUAAUUGGUUCAGCAUAACUACUGAUGCUUUCUGGAAUAGGACACAAAAGUCACCUCGACGACUUGAAGAUUCCAGUGGUUGCCGACCUGCCUGUUGGAGACAAUCUACAGGACCACCCCGCCACCAUACUCCGAGUGUUGAUAGACGAACCCCUGUCGAUCAAUGGUGACAAACUAACCAGCACGUGGACUCAGUGGAUGUACAGUCUCUUUAAAACUGGAUACAAGACAACACCGGGUACACUCGAGUUCUCCGAAUAUGUUAGAACACAAAAUGAUCUUGAAUACGGAAAUCCUGACGUGCAGUUAGAAAUGCUUGUGAGCAUUCCAGACGCAGAGUUUAUACAGCGUUUGAUUAAUUUAGACCCAAAGAUUUCUGAGGAAAUCAAAUGGGAGGCAACCGAAGGGUUUCUUAUCGUUCCUGGCUGUCAACGUCCUCAGAGUUCAGGCACUGUUCGUCUUAGAAGUGCCAACUCAUUUGAAUACCCAGUCAUACAACCUAACUACUUACACGCCACAGAAGAUAUGAUGGCCGUUUAUAGAGGAAUUAGAUUAUUUCAAAAGCUGCUGAAGACUGAUGCCCUGAAAAAGAUUGGAGCAAGACUUCAUUCAACGCCUAUGCCACUUUGUACCCAACACCAUUAUGACUCUGAUGAGUACUGGCAGUGUUGUGUGAGGUCAUUGACCUUUGGUACCUUCCAUCAAUGCUGUACGUGCAAAAUGGGUGCACUGAAUGACCCCACAACUGUGGUUAACCCACAUCUACGAGUGAAGGGGAUCGACGGACUAAGAGUAGCAGACGCUUCCAUCAUGCCGUUCAUCGUAUCAGCUAACACCAACGCAGCCAGCAUCAUGAUUGGAGAAUAAGCUGCUGAUAUUAUAAAAGGAAACAAAUAAUGCAUAUUCUAAGAAUUUCUGGUUAAUUCACCUGGUGCUUUUAACAUUUCGAAAUAGGCCAAUUGGUUGUUGAAACUGUUGUUUUAUUUUUGGCAGCUGAAAUGUUCCUGUUUAUGACUAAUAUAAUUAAUUAAAUGGACUACAGUUUCAUCCAGACAAUGGAAGCGAUAUGGCAAAAUACCAUGAUUAACAAAUUGGUUAACAGUGUGAUCCGUUACAUAGUUAAUAAUUAGAAAUAUGAUCUGUUACAUAGUUAAUAAUUAGAAAUAUAUUUGAUGUGUAGGAACUCACAUUUUAAUAAUGAUAUUAUAAGCAGAAAAGUUUAAUUAUAAACGUUUAAACUUGAGAGAGUGGCUAGCAAAAAGAUGAACGCUUUAUGAGCUUGUGCAAGUGUUAUUAAAUAUAAACGUAAUAUUGUAUACUUACCUCCCAUUACCUGUUUGUAUUUUUCAUAUUUAAGUCAUUGUGUUGAAAUAAA